AUGAACAGUCUGAUUCAAAGGUUUGCUGGCUCAAGCAGCGGGAUCGAGUUGCAGAAGAGGAAUGCUACUGUCGUGGAUGACGAUGGCGAGCUUUCAGACGUGAUGUGGGGAUCUAUGGCUGGCUUUGGUAGCCUUGCGAAGGGUGUGCCUACUUUCACUGUUCCAUCAGUGCCAGACCCGGCAGCGUUCUUGAGGCUUCAUACGGACGAUCACGCAGACCCAUCGUGCCGGAUUAAGAUCCAACACGGGACAACCACUCUAGCUUUCAGAUACCAAGGGGGUGUCAUUGUCGCUGUGGACUCACGAGCGACUGCGGGCAAUUAUAUCGCCUCGGGCACUGUGAAGAAAGUCAUAGAGAUUAACCCAUACCUGUUGGGCACAAUGGCGGGUGGUGCAGCGGAUUGUCAAUUCUGGGAGACAUACUUGGGAAUGCAUUGUCGUCUACACGAACUCCGGAAUCACGAGCGAAUUUCUGUCUCUGCGGCGAGCAAAUACCUCAGUAAUCUCGUUUACAGCUACAAAGGCAUGGGUCUGAGUAUGGGCACUAUGAUCUGCGGUUGGGACAAGACCGGUCCUGCUAUUUUCUACGUCGACUCCGAUGGUACCCGUUUAAGGGGAGAUCUGUUCUCCGUGGGAUCUGGAAGCACGUUUGCCUACGGAGUGCUUGAUCAAGGGUACCGGUGGGACUUGACGGAUGAGGAGGCUCAGGAACUUGGAAGAAGGAGUAUUUAUGCCGCUGGUCACCGUGAUGCCUUCUCCGGGAAUUCUUGCAAUCUCUAUCAUGUCAAGGAGCGUGGAUGGGAGUUCAUUGGCAAUUAUGAUAUCAACAAAUUGCACUAUGAUGGGCCGGGGAAUGGCCAGGGAUAUGGCUAUGAGGUCCGAGUUGAAGGUAAGACCUCUGCUGUUGCAGCUUAG